UCAUAUAUUCAUAACACCAAAGCAUCAGCAUUAAUCUAUGGCUUUUUGUCACCCUAUCUUUGCUUCAGCCAAUAAGCCACCAAUAAUGUAUUCUCCAAACAAAAGCUCAGAUAGUAAAAGCCGUUUGAUUAUUGCAUCGAAGCAAAAUAUCCAUAUUUUUAAUAAUGGAAAUGGAAAUGGCAAGGAAUCUAUUGAACUCAGACAUGCUAAAAUUUUGGAGGAGGUUAAGCUUUUGCUGGCUAGCAAGGAAAGAAAAAAUACAUACGAAGGUUUAUCUAUGGUGGACUCCAUCCAAAGAUUAGGCAUUGGAUAUCACUUUGAAGAGGAAAUUGAAGCAAUUCUCAAAAGCAAGCAUUUGAUGCUUGGCCAUCAAGGAAAUGGUUAUGAAGAACUGUCAGAAGUUGCACUUCAAUUUCGUAUUUUAAGACAAGAAGGGUACUUCAUAUCCGCAGACAUAUUUGGCAAGUUCUUAGACGACAAAGGCAAGCUCAAACACACGCUUUUUGAAGACAUUGAUGGGUUAAUUGCCUUGUUUGAAGCCUCUCAUUUAAGCAUAGAAGGGGAACACUCUCUCGAUGAAGCAGGGGAGUUCUGCCGCAAGUAUCUUCAUGGAUGGAUGUCAACAUUUCAUGAUCAUCUUCUAGUUAAAGUAGUUAACCAAACACUACAAUACCCUAUUCAUAAAAGCUUGUCAAGGUUCAUGCCCACAUGCUUGCAAUUAGAAAAUGCAGGAUGGACAAGUUCUUUACAUGAACUCUCUGAAAUUGACACCCAAAUGAUUAGCUAUUUGCAUCUAAAGGAAAUUUCUUCAGUUUCCAAAUGGUGGAAGGAGCUUGGUUUGGCAAAUGACUUGAAGUUUGCGAGGAAUGAACCAAUCAAAUGGUACAUGUGGCCCAUGGCAUGCCUACCAGAUCCACGUUUCUCGGAAGAAAGGACUGAGCUCACAAAACCACUAUCCCUAAUCUACAUCAUUGAUGAUAUAUUUGAUUUCCAUGGAAACAUUGAAGAACUUAGCCUUUUCACUGAUGCUGUCAAGAGAUGGGACUUGGCAGCCGUGGAGCAAUUACCAGAUUGCAUGAAAGUGUGCUUCAAGGUUCUCUAUGACAUAACCAAUGAAUUUGCAUUCAAGACCCAAGUCAAACAUGGGUGGAAUCCUAUAGUCACCUUAACCAAAUCGUGGUUAAGGCUCUUCAAUGCGUUCCUACAAGAAGCAAAAUGGUUUGCUUCAGGGCACGUGCCAGAAGCAGAGGAGUACUUGAAGAAUGGAAUAGUGAGCACUGGGGUGCACGUGAUCCUUGUGCAUGCUUUUUUUUUCAGAGGUCAAGGUUUAACUGAAGAAAACGUGACUCUAAUGGAAGAGUUCCCAAGCAUUGUAUCGACAACCGCCACAAUUCUAAGAUUGUGUGAUGACCUUGAAGGGGACAAGGAUGUUAAAUGUGAUGGUAAUGAUGGGUCAUAUUUGAGGUGCUACAUGAAGGAGCACCCUGGAGUUUCUGAUGAACAAGCAAGGGAGCACAUCAAUCAACGGAUUUCAGAUGCAUGGAAACAACUCAACCGAGAAUGCAUGACCCCAAAUUCGUUACCAUCUUCUUUCACCAAACUUUGUCUCAAUGCUGCUAGGAUGGUACCUGUAAUGUACAGUUAUGAUGGCAAUAGUCCAUCAAAGCUAGAGGAGUAUGUCAAAUCAUUGAUUUAUCGUAGUUCCUCCAUGCAAAAAUCAGUAAGAUCAGAUUCAGACUACAGUUUCAUGAAAUAAUUUUAGAAGGUGAUCGAGUAGAUUUAAGUGUGUAUUUAAUCUAGUUAUUGAUCACCAUUCUUGUGUAUGUAUAAUGCUGAUAAAUAUAUUUUUGAGUUAAAUAAGUUUUUUAAUCUCCUCAUUAGGGUAAUGUCUGGUUUUGGUCUUUUGCUCGAAUCCUUCGUUUCUUAAAGGAGGUUAUUUGUUCUUUGCGUAAUCAUACCUCAGGUGAUGUGCUUAUGUGAACUGUGGUACGUUGUUCUAGUGACACUCCGAUGGGUAUAUUAGUUAGAUGCUUAUGUUGAUCCCAACUUGGUGUAACAUUGUAUAAAAUGCUUAUGUUCCCAGCUUGACGAUUAACAUAUGUAUAAAAAGAAAAGUUUAUUAGUAGUCAUAUAACUUAAACCCUAAAUUGAUUUGUCUUAGGCUCUUAGCUAGGUGGGAUGUAGAGGAAAGAACAAAAAACAAAAGGAGA